UCUUUACUUAACAAAAAAGACAGAAAUAACGGCACUCCAUUGAGAGAACAUAUCAAGUCAAAGCUGGGCAAGCUCACUGUUGCGUCUUUCUCUCCGUGGCGUUGGAGGGUGUUGCGCUGCAGAGUGAAACAUUCGGAGAUUCGUAUCCAAAUCCUGCGCUCACCCUCUGAAUAUAUGUGGAGUUCAAGCGACACUUCUAUGAGAAUCCCUGUUGAACGGCUAGACGAAGUUUGGUUGUUUUCCUAAACCGGGGGUGCUAGGGAAAAUCGAGGCGAGAGAGAGAGGGGGGGCGAAAAAUGGUUUUAAAUAACCUCCCGUGCGUCCUGGUUUCACUGUGCUUGAUUUUUUUCUCGUCUAACGUUACUCCAUGUAAAGCUCGGAUUUACACCAACCACUGGGCUGUUCGGAUAGCCGGUGGACCUGAACAAGCGGAACACAUCGCCAACAAAUAUGGGUAUAGAAACCUGGGCCAGAUUGGUGAUCUAAAGGACUACUACCAUUUCUUCCACAGUCGGACAAUAAAAAGAUCGACACUAUUCAGCAGAGGCAUGCACAGCUUCAUCUCCAUGGAACCAAAGGUGGAGUGGGUGCAACAGCAGGUUGUAAAAAGGAGAAUAAAGAGAGAUUAUAAACCCUCAUAUCCUGGUACUGUACAAUCCAGUAUGGGCCAGCCCAACUCCAUUUUCUUCAAUGAUGCUAAAUGGAGCAGUAUGUGGUAUAUACACUGUAAUGAUAACAUGCAUAACUGUCAGUCUGACAUGAAUAUUGUGGGUGCAUGGAAGAGAGGCUACACAGGGAAGGAUGUGGUGGUUACGAUUCUAGAUGACGGUAUUGAGAGGAACCACCCAGAUCUCAUACAGAACUAUGAUAAUGAGGCCAGUUAUGAUGUGAACGGUAAUGAUGUGGAUCCUAUGCCUCGAUAUGAUGCCAGUAAUGAGAACAAGCAUGGCACGAGGUGUGCUGGUGAAGUAGCAGCAUCUGCCAACAACUCCCACUGCACGGUGGGCAUCGCUUAUAAUGCCAAGAUUGGCGGUGUCCGAAUGUUGGAUGGAGAUGUUACAGACAUGGUAGAGGCCAAAUCACUGAGUCUACACCCUCAGCACAUAGAUAUUUACAGUGCCAGCUGGGGUCCAGAUGAUGAUGGUAAAACUGUGGAUGGCCCUGCUUCCCUUGCCAGACAGGCCUUUGAAAAUGGCAUCAGAUUGGGCAGGAAGGGACGGGGCUCAAUAUUUGUGUGGGCAUCUGGAAAUGGUGGCCGCAGUCGUGAUCACUGUUCAUGCGAUGGUUACACUAACAGCAUCUACACAAUAUCCAUCAGCAGCACCGCAGAGAGUGGCCGGAAGCCCUGGUAUCUUGAAGAGUGUUCCUCGACCCUUACCACCACCUACAGCAGUGGAGAAAAUUAUGAUCGCAAAAUUAUCACUACAGAUUUGAGACAGCGUUGCACAGACAGUCACACUGGAACAUCUGCAUCAGCUCCGAUGGCAGCAGGGAUCAUUGCUCUUGCUCUGGAAGCCAAUCCUUUCCUGACAUGGCGAGAUGUGCAACACAUUGUAGUGAAGACAUCCCGUGCUGGCCAUCUCAGCGCUCCUGACUGGAAAACAAAUGCAGCUGGUUAUAAUGUCAGUCACCUGUAUGGCUUUGGGCUGAUGGAUGCAGAAGCUAUGGUGAAGGAGGCAGAGCACUGGAAACAGGUUCCACUACAGCACAUUUGUGUGGAAAAUGCAGAUAAACAAAUCAGAACCAUCCGCCCAGAGCAUGUUGUUCGUUCCGUGUACAAGGCAACAGGCUGCACUGAUAAUGCAAAUCAUCAUGUUAUUUAUCUGGAGCAUGUUGUUGUACGUAUAACAAUUACACACCCACGACGAGGAGACCUGUCCAUCAACCUAACCUCGCCAUCAGGGACAAAGUCACAGCUGCUUGCUAACAGGCUGUUUGAUCACUCAAUGGAAGGCUUUAAAAACUGGGAAUUCAUGACAACCCACUGCUGGGGUGAGAAAGCGGCUGGAGACUGGAUAUUAGAAAUCUAUGACUCUCCCUCACAGCUCAGGAGCCAGAAAGCACCGGGCAAACUAAAAGAGUGGUCACUGGUACUUUAUGGCACCUCUACACAUCCAUACGCAUUCCGUAGUGACAAGCCUCGCUCAUUGGCAGAGUCUCAGCCCGAUGAUGAAUACAGUGAGGAAUAUGUGGGCACCUGCCACCCUGAGUGCGGUGAGAAUGGCUGUGAGGGGCCAGGCCCUCAGCAGUGCAUUACCUGCCUCCACUACUUCCUCAAGUUCAAGAACAAUACCAGGAUGUGUGUACCUGAGUGCCCACCUGGGUUUUUCCGGGAUGAUAAGAAGCGCUGUAAGAAGUGCUUUCCACUGUGCGAGUCUUGCAUUGGCAGCCGCAGUGAUCAGUGUUCCACCUGCCGUCCAGGUCUCUAUCUUGUUGAGGGAGGCAAUAACUGCAUCAGCUCCUGUCCUGAUGGCUUCUACCUGGAUCUGGAAUCUAUCAUGUGCCGAAAAUGCAGCAAUAACUGCAAGAAAUGCAUCUCAGCAAAUAUCUGCACAGAAUGCCAACCUGGUCUAAGUCUACAGGGGAAUAAGUGUCAGCUGAGCUGUGAACCUGGCACCUAUUAUAAUGGGCACCGAAGAGCAUGUGAAAAGUGCCACUCUACUUGUGCCACCUGUGCAGGAACUGGCAUGGAAGCAUGCAAUGAGUGUGCUCUGGGCUACUACUUUGAAGAGUGGCGUUGCGUCUCCAGCUGCAGUGUGGGAUAUUACUUGGCAGAACAAACAGCUGACAAUGGAGAUGUUCAAAAGUCCUGUCAAAAGUGUAAUCCCACCUGCUAUGCCUGUGCAGGGCCAGGGGACAGGAACUGCAGCAGCUGUGUGAAUGGCUAUAACCUAGAAAAUGGUGUGUGUGUCAUCAGCACAAUCUGCAAAGAUGGAUACUUUACAAACCUAGAAAAGAAGCAGUGUAUGCCUUGCCACAGUGAUUGUGCAGCAUGUAAUGGACCUGAUGAAGAUGACUGCUCCUCCUGCAGAUUUCCUAAACAUGUUAGUUACAAUGGAAAGUGCCUAUUGAGCUGCCCAUCAGACACUUACCUGGAUGGAGAAGAGUGUCAAGACUGUGACAAGUCAUGCUUGACUUGCUCAGGUCCUUACCUGUCCUCAUGCCUCACCUGCAGAGCAAACAUGAGGAUAGAUGGUAAUGGCCACUGUGAAUUUGUCAGUGACUUCUCUACAUUCAUGGAUGAGAGUGGUCAGGGCCAGCCAUGUCACAAGAGCUGUCUCCGCUGUUCUGGCACAGAUAAGGAUCAGUGCCUCAGCUGCAAACCCAAUUACAUCCUGCUCAAUCAGACUUGUGUGUCCAUGUGUCCGGAUGGUUACUAUGAAGACAAGGAAAAACAAGAGUGUGUUCAGUGUCAUUUGAACUGUGCAUCAUGCUAUGGACAUCAGAGUAAUGACUGUUUUACCUGUAAACCAAGCCUGGUUCUGCUAGGACACAGCUGCUUCACCAUCUGUCCACCAAGUUUUUUUGAAAAUGUUACCAGUAGAACAUGCCAAGAGAGUGAUCACACAUGUGAGGAAUGCUCAGGAAGUAGCAGUGUCUGUCUCCGAUGCAGAGAAGGAUACUUCCUGUUGAGAAAGUCAGGACAGUGCUUGCAUGAAUGCCCAUCAAAUUACUUCCAUCACACUUUGGAUAGGGAGUGCAAAAGAUGCCAUCGUACCUGUAAAACAUGCAAGGGCUCUGGUGCAAUUUUUUGCACCUCUUGUUAUGAUGGUUUUACAAUGUUUGGAGGAAUCUGCUCAUCUUUAUGUCUAAUUGGACAAUAUCACAUCCCUGAGAGUAAGACAUGCUUGACGUGUGACCCAUCCUGCAAUGAAUGUAAAGGCCCAGGACCAUACAAUUGCACAUGGUGCCCUGCUCUGCACCGGCUCUCAGAGGAUGGGAGGUGUCUUCAUUGCUGUGGAGAAAACAUGCAGACAGAAUCAAGGUUCAUUUCAGAAUGCUGUCAGUGCCAGGAACUGAAUGAUGAAUGCAUUGUUGUGCUGAACUACAACCUUCUCAACCAUGAUCCAGCAACUUUUGCUAAUCCUGGAACUGUUGUUUUUACGGUUAUAUCUGUGUUAAUAAGCUUGUGGCUUGCCAUUUUUCUCCUCCUGCAUUUUCGGCAAAGGAACACUUCAAAGCUUAUUAUCAAAUCAAAUGUCUAUGCCAAAGUUGAUGAUAGCCCUUUCACCUCUGCCACCCUCAAAGACAGCAUGCAAAUGGAGUACUGUGAUAAAGUUCAAGACCAAAAUGAAGAUGAUGAUGAGGCAGAUGAAGAUAUUGUUUACAUGGGGAGGGAUGGGAUAGUGUAUCAGAAGUUUAAAUACAGACUGCUGGAGGGGGAAGAGGAGGAAGUGGAGCUGGAAUAUGAUGAGAUGUAUGUUCUCACACAAAAUAUAUAGAAAGUAUAGAAUUCAAUUCAAAAGGCUACAGAAUAAUGUUUGAAUGUAUUUAUCAGAGGUAGGUAGAGUAUCUAAAAUAUGCACUUGGGUAAAAUAACAAGUACUUGAGGAAAUAUUUACAAAAGUAACAAUAUGAAAAGUCAAGUAAAGCUGCGGUCACACUGUAUUUUUCUCCCUAUAGACUUCCAUUCAUACACAUGCAAAUGCGUCAGACCGGAAAUGUAAGGUCAUGCGGCAAGUUUCACAGUUCGCUGCGUUGGAAAGUUCAAGCUUGGUGAACUCUGACCUGCUAAAUUGCAUCAUAUGAUUGCAUGAGACCAAUUGAGGAUCAAAACAUGACCUCUGGACAGAAAUUUAAAACAUGGACCAAUCGCUUGCUUUUUUUAAAUGUCUAAUCAUCUUGUUUAAUCCCGCCCCUUUAUAUAUAUAUAUAAACAGAAAACAAAGCAAAAACCUUUUUUUUUGGUUGGCUUUUAUGAUUUCCAACACAAUCUCAUGGCAAUUUGUAACUUUUUUUUGUGGAAUUCGUAUGAAUUCCUACAAUCUCAAUCAUACAAUUUAGUACGAUUUGCUAAUCCCCCAAUGAUGGUUGGGUUUUGGGACGGGGUUGGGUGCCAAAAUCAUGCAUUUUUGUACAACUGAACUUAAAACGUAAAAGAGUUACAUUUCCUUGUGAGACCAGGCUGCCAUUUCACAUUCGCUUUUUUCACAACACAAACUUGUAAACAUCUGCAUUUAAACAAGAGAGAACAAAAAAGUAUGAAUUUGUCUGUAAAAGUAAAUAAACUCCAAGGGAUUUCUAAAACGUC